CUAGUGUUAUUGUGCAGGCACCUAGGGUUAUUGUGCAGGCACCUAGGGUUAUUGAGUGCAGGCAUCUAGGGUUAUUGUGCAGGCACCUAGUGUUAUUGUGCAGGCACCUAGGGUUAUUGAGUGCAGGCAUCUAGGGUUAUUGUGCAGGCACCUAGGGUUAUUGUGUGCAGGCACCUAGGGUUAUUGUGUGCAGGCACCUAGGGUUAUUGUGUGCAGGCACCUAGGGUUAUUGUGUGCAGGCAUCUAGGGUUAUUGUGCAGGCACCUAGUGUUAUUGUGCAGGCACCUAGGGUUAUUGUGUGCAGGCAUCUUGGGUUAUUAUGUGCAGGCACCUAAGGUUAUUGUGUAGGCACCUAGGGUUAUUGAGUGCAAGCACCAAGGGGGUAUUCCCCCCCCCCCCAGUAACCCUUUAAUCAGGACCAAGAGGCAGCUGGCAUAGAAUAAGUAAGUAAGUAAGUAAGUUUAUUCAGGUAUACACAAAUACAGUUACAUAGAAUUAUCAUACAUAGCAGCAUAUGUGUAGAGAACCUAGGAUAACCCAAAAAAGUCAGACAGUGACUUAUUUCCAUUGGGGUCCUCUGAUCUGACAAGCAUAAGACUCCUGGUAUUGUUAUAUUUAACCCCAAUAUUUAAAACUCUUAAGUUGUGCUCUGGAAAUGUUCACUUUCAUUGACCAGGGGAUCUGCUGUCACCGUCCCACUUUCCAAACCACCCACCUCAUAUGUCUGUGCUCAUUUCUGCUGGGUUCCAAUUUCCUUUCGUAGGAAACUGACCCAGGCUACUGGUGCUAUGACCCUUGUGGGUUUAGUGAUUCUUCAUGAAUACCUACAUGAUACCUACUCCAUAUAUGCACUUGGAACAGAUCGAAGUGAAUUAAGCUGCUGCCUGUUAAGAAAAAUGUAGAAUAUUGAUACAACAGAUUUUGACCUGUGAUCACAAAGCAACGGCAAUUACUAAAACACAUUAAUUUUUAUAAAGUAAUAAUAGUAAAGAACAGUACGUAUAUAAUCUAAGGCAGAAGAACCUUGAGAACUGUAUUUUAUAACAAGUUUAGUGAAUGAAGGAUGAUUAACUCUGCAAGAAAUACUAUCUAGCCAGCCUUCAAGAUAUAUUAGAUAUAUAAGUUGAUAUCAAGAUGACUGAAGCUGAUGCAAUAUUUAAGGGCAAAGUACACUACUAUGGAAGGGAACAGUAUUACCAAGCAAUGCAGGAUACUUGCCUUGCAGCCACUAAGAAAUUUGGCAGUGAUCCUGUGUAUCGUUUCUAUUCUGCUGUGUCUCACCUUCUGCAAGGCUGUACACAGGAAGCCAUCAGACAACUUCAGCCCCUGCAGAAUGAUCGAGAUAUAAUGCUUGGCACAUUGUUGGCUUUGAUUUAUGCUCACCGACACUGCCAAGUGGUGGAUCGUGAGGCUGUUGCACAGUUGGAUGCCAAGCUGAAAGAGGAAAGGAAGAAGGCAUCUGAAAUGCCAUUAUAUUAUGCCGGAAUGUUCCUUCUUUUAUCUGGAAAAGUUGAUAAAGCUCGAGAGUAUUUGGAUCGCAUGCUGAAACUGAGUCCAGAGCAUGAUGAGGGUUUAGUGCUGAAGGGAUGGAUUGAGCUGACAGCAGGUCGUGAGAGUAAGAACAGAAACAUAAUGCAGUACUUUGAUUCUGUUCUUCAGCACUCACCUCGACACAUGGAUGCGCUAUUUGGGAAAGCCAAACUCUAUGAAAGUCGAAAUUCCUAUAAAGAAUCCAUGGAGACGUUAAACCUGCUUGUUGUGGCUUACCCUGGCUUUACUGCUCCGUUAGUGGAGAAAAUGAAGGUUAAUCUUGCAGAACAAGACUGGGACCAGUGCCUAGAGUCUGCUAAUCGUGUUCUGGGUAUGGAUUCACACAAUGUAGAGGCCCUAAAAUACAAGACAUUAUAUUCUCUGUGUCGUCAGGGUAACUACGAGGAUACAGCACAGGGCUUACACAGUUUGUAUAGUGAGAUGGACAGAAGUGAACCAAAUAAUGCAUCAUUAUUUGUCCACAAUGCUCAGUUAUUUUCAAGACUGUGUGGGAGAAAUCGUCUUGUGCUGGAAGAAACAUACAUGAUGGCAAGUAAGGCAGCCAAGGUGGACACAGGAAGUGCUGAGUACCUGACAGAGGUGGGAUAUCAGUGUCUCCUUCAGGGACGCAACAAGGAGGCUACAAAGUUUUAUAAGAAUGCCACCAAGCUAGACGAAUCUUCAGUGGCAGCAUUAACAGGGAUAAUUUCAUGUCAGCUUUUAGAGGGUCAAGUGGAUAUUGCAGAACAACAAUUGGAGUUUUUAAAAGAGGUUCAGCGCAGUCUUGGAGCUUCACCAGAUAUCUUGUAUUUGUCUGCUGUACUGGGUCGUAUGAAAAAUCAACCCUCUGAAACAAUUCUAGGAAUGUUGCAUGAGGCCAUUGAUAAUCACUUCAAGAAUCAUCGGGGCAUGUCAUUUGGUGCCACGUAUCUUGCUGCACUCAAUCCUGACUUUUUACUCCUCAUUGUUAAUGAGUGCCUUCUUUAUGCACCUACUCAGCCAAGCCCAACAGAUGGAGUUAGUGAGAGUGUACCAGAAGUUGUGAAGCGAGCAUUGGGAGUGCUGGAGUCCAUCACACGUGCUUGCCCUGCACUCCUCACUGCUCUUAUAUUGUCUGCCCAUCUCAAGUUCAUCACUGGUGAUGUCAAAGGAGCUGCAACUUCCUUGCAGUAUGUACUGGAUAAUAUAGAUUCAACCAGCUCAGAUGCUCACCUACUGAUGGCACAGAUCCAGUUAUAUCAGGGUAAUUACAAGCAAGCACAGCAGAGCCUCGAAGUUGGUCUCUCGUAUAACUUUGAGGUGCGAGAACAGCCCACUUACCAUCUGGUACGAGCACGAGUUCUGAAGAAACAAGAGCAGUAUGUUGAAGCAAUUAACACGUUGAAGUCAUGUCUUAAUAUUGCUAAUAAUCGACCCACUACAACUAAAGGUACCCGAAACAAGGCUGAGAUGACAGUACCUGAUCGAGUUUCUAUAUUUUUGGAGUUAUGUGACAUUUACCGGCUAAAUAAUCAACCUACUGAAGCCUCCAACAUCAUGACACAAGCCAUGACUGAAUUUCAGGGUACGAGUGAGGAGAUAAGACUAAACAUCGCAAGUGCAGAUUUAGCACUGAUGCGUGGAGAUGUAGAACAUGCUUUAUCUAUGCUGCGAGCAAUAGGACCGGAGAAACAAUAUUAUCUUCAAGCUCGAGAUAAAAUGGCUUCCAUCUACCUGAAUGAGCUCAAAGAUAAGCGAAUGUUUGCAUCAUGUUACAGAGAGGUGGUAGAAAAGAAUCCAACUCCUCAGAGCUAUUUGAUGCUUGGUGAUGCUUAUAUGUCCAUACAAGAACCUGAUCGUGCUAUUGAGGUUUAUGAACAAGCUUUGAAGCGCAAUCCAAGAGACUCUGUUCUUGCAUGUCGCAUGGGCAUGGCACUAGUGAAGACUCAUCAGUAUGGAAAAGCUAUUAAUUAUUAUAAAGAAGCUAUUAAAACAGGAAGUAGUAACCAGUUAAGAUAUGAUAUGGCAGAGCUACAGAUGCGCUUGAAACAAUAUGAUAAAGCUGAGAAAACUAUUGCACAAGCUCUGGAUGCUGAAAGUUACAAUCCUGUUGAUCUCAACUCCAUGCUUUCUCAAGCAAAACUGCUCAAUCUUCAAGCAAAGGUGCAUGAACGAGCUGAGAAUUACGAACAAGCACUCUUAACUCUGAGUAAGGGUAAAGAUGUUCAAGUGAGAGUAAUGAAGAGAGCCCAGGUGGAGUUACCAGACACAGUUCCUGAACAAAGACAGUUGGCUGGCAGCAUGUGUGGGAGGAUGGCAGAGCAUGCAGCAAACCAGCGUGAUUAUGAACAAGCGAUCAAGCUUUACAAGGAAGCUCUCCAGUAUGAUCCAGAACAUGCUCCAACCCUCCUGGCUUUAGCCAAAUUGUACAUGCAGAUAAAUGACUUGGACCAGUGUCAGUAUACAUGCAUGACACUGUUGAGGACAGAUAAGGAGAAUGAUAGUGCUACAGUGAUGAUGGCAGACUUGUCUUACAGAAGGAAUGAAUAUGAUACUGCGAUGUUUCAUUUCCAGCAGCUUCUUGAUCGUCGUCCAGCAUACUUCCCAGCCUUAGCACGACUUGUAGAGGUUAUGAGAAGAACUGGAACUCUAGAUGAAGCUGAACCUUAUCUGGAUCGAGCAGAGCAGGCUAUCCUUAGACCAAGCACUGAUCCAGGUUAUAACUUUUGCAGAGGGUUAUAUGACUGGUAUUUGGGAAAUCCAAAUUCUGCACUCAAGUUUUUCAAUAAAGCACGAAAGGAUCAAGAAUGGGGCCAACGAGCAAUUUACAACAUGAUUGAAAUUUGCCUCAACCCUGACAAUGACACUAUUGGUGGGGAGACAUUUGAGACUGUGGAUAGUGAGGUGAAUCACUCUGGAGCAAGAGACACUCUAGAUAUGGCCAUCAGAACAGCAGACAAGUUGCUGAAGGAACUACACCCCAAGCCAGGAGACCAACAAAUAAGUCUCCAGAUCCUUACCAACUUCCUCCUGUUAGCCACCAAACAAAAGGCUAAUGCUGAACGUGCACUACAGGAGUUCAUGAACAUUGCCAGUCAGGAGAGUUACAAGGAUCAUGUUGGAGCAAUACUUGGCAUGGCUACAGCCUACAUGAUACUUAAGCAGACACCACGUGCUCGUAAUCAACUUAAGCGCCUUGCAAAAUCUGUCUGGAACUUUGAAGAUGCAGAAUAUCUUGAAAGGUGCUGGCUACUUUUAGCAGAUAUCUAUGUGCAGACAGGAAAAUAUGACAUGGCAACAGAACUCCUAAAGGUAUGAUAUAAAGUAUAUAUUUUGUUUAAUUGGUGUAAUUUAAUGUGAAAGUGAUUUUCUCAUUUUCUAUUUAAAAAAUCAAUAUUUGUUUUCUUAUUGGAGGGAAAGGGCAUUCUUUAAUAUCAGAGUAGACAGAAUGUUCACUGUUCUGUCUAACAUGUCGUGGUAGCAAAAUAAUCUUGGUAAUUUUAGUUAUUUCUCUUUUCAUCUCGCUAAACAAUCUUUUUUUUUUUUUUUAACACGUCGGUCGUCUCCAACCAAGGCAGGUUGACCCAAAAAGAAAGAAAAUACUAUCAUCAUCAUUCAUCACUUCACCUCACUCACACAUAAUCACUGUCUUUGCAGAGGCGCUCAGGUACGACUUAAAAAGUCAACCUCCAAACUACCAAUAUCCCAAACCUCUCCUUUAAAGUGCAAGCAUUGUACUUCACAUUUCCAGGACUCAAGUCCAGCUAACCGGUUUCCCUGAAUCCCUUCACAAAAUAUUACCCUGCUCACACUCUGUUAAGUAUAUUAAGUAUAUAUGUAAUAGUCAUCAUUACUUGAAUGCUCACAUGGCUUGGUUCACCUGAUUUUUAAUGCAAAAACAGUUAAUCUUUGUGAAAUGCCAUAUGCUUUGGUGAGUUCACAGUACAUGUAUUUGCUUAGGUGAUAUUUGCAUAAUUCAUUCAGUUUCCCAUGUUUAAGUACCUACAGACACCUCAGGCAUAGCAUCUGCAAAUUUUGUAUUGUUGAUUAAUCACAAGAUCUUUGUUGAUAGCAGAGUCAUAUCAGUCAGUGGUAUAUGUUGUAUGCUCUUGGGUCAAGGAAGUGAAGCUACUUUUCCCUUCCUUAUAUCAAACCUGAUUACUUCCAUUCCCUAGAUGCUUUAAAACCCUUACAGGAUUGAUGCUUCCUUUUAAUACAAUAUUCACUAAUAAUCUUUCACAAGUUCACACUUUGGUACACUUACAUUCACGGGGAGCACUAAACUCAUAGGAGUCAUACAACUCCUUGGGCAGCGGGAGGCAUUCAGGUUCAGUUCUUUUGAUAAAGAGCCCCUCACUGGGAUUAAGGAACCUCCCUUGAGGGGUUCAGUACACUAAGAUUAAACAACAGGAUGUUCUAGGCCAAAAUUAGCUUGUAAAAAUAGAUGAAACUCUCCACAUUCCAAAACAGGUCUCCAUAAGUGUUGCUGAAUCAUGUCUAUCAAAUAUGUCAUGACUUUUUGUUGUUGCAGGUGAGAAAGACUAGUCAACCCUUUGAAUCUUCUGGAAAUUUGACCUCUGUUUCCACUUGACUUAUUCAUAGGUUAUUCGUGUAUUAACAGUUAUCCCUAUAUUUAUAGAAAUGCUUUAUGAAUUUAAAUGACAAUAAAUUACUCUUAGCCUUAUACAGCAUGAAAUACAAUACAUUCACAAGUCUUUGAAUUUCUACAAGUUAUAUAGACAGAAAUUAGAUAAAAUGAUGCAUUAAAAUUGAAAAUUGACUCACACUGCCAGUCUAAA